AUGGCGGAGCACACAGAUGCAGAAAGCAUUGGCCUUGCCGCUAACAGCAUGGCUCAGCAGCCAACACUACGGUUCCCAUCCGCUGCUCCUCCUCCCACUAACCCCGCCUCCCGCAGACAACCGUUACUGAGCACCCCCGUGCCUCCUUUUGCCAUGAUGAGGGGUCCUCCACCCCCAUCCCAGCUUCCGUUCGGACGAAUCCCUUUUGAUCCUAGUGUGCCCCCACCCAUGGGUGCCCCACCUUUACAGAGAGCACCAUUCAUGCCCCCGCUAGGAUCAUCCAUGCCACCUCCACCUGGCAUGAUUUUCCCACCGGGAAUUCCUCCUUCAGCCUCUCCUGCUCCACCUUCCCUGACCCCGACAGAGGAGAUCUGGGUGGAGAACAAGAGUCCAGAAGGAAAGGUGUAUUAUUAUAACGCACGUACAAGGGAGUCAGCCUGGACGAAGCCUGAAGGUGUCAAGGUGAUCCAGCAGGCCGAGCUGGGUCCGCUCAUGCUGAGUCAGGUGGCUGCGGCUGCCGCCGCAGCAGGCGCUGCUAACACCGGGCCCGGCUCAUCUCCCGGCAUCCCACCUGCUCUCAGCAGCACCGCAACCUCGCAUAGCUCUCACACUCCCAUAAGCUCCGCCCCUUCCCCCAGCAUGACUGCAGCCUCGCCCCUCCUCCCGACACCUGGAUCAGGCCCAGAGGUCGUGGAAAUGUCGGCUGUUGUGACCACAACCCCAUCUGCCCUGCCACCCCAAUUAGCAUCUGUCAAUCCCCCAACGGUUACGGUCGCCAUGACGGCAGGACCGCCGCCCAUGCCAAUGGCACUGCCCCACACUGUGCCACAGCAAGCAGCUACAAUGCCGGGAUUUCCUCCUGUCAUGGUGCCCCCCUUCAGAGUGCCUUUGCCCGGCAUGCCUAUUCCACUUCCCGGUGUAGCAAUGAUGCAGAUAGUAAGCUGUCCCUAUGUAAAGACUAUCUCUCCUACCAAAAACGGAAUGCUCCCUGGCAUGGCACCACCCUUAGUUCCCAUGAUGCCCCAUCAUAUGGCGAUGGCAGCCAGACCCUCAGGAUUGCCUGGAGGUAUGGGCACAUCCGACUGGGUUGAGUUCAGAACGCCGGACGGAAAGUCCUACUAUUAUAAUAAACACACUCAGGAGACCACCUGGGACAAACCUGAGGAGCUAAAAAAGACAGAAAAAGAAAAUGAGAAGAUCAAGAAUAUAACCAUGGACAUGAUCGAUGCUGAACUCAUGGACAUGGAGGUUGGAAGUUCAAAAAUCGAACCUCCAAAAGAACAAAGAGAGGAGCUGAAAGAGGCCGAGAUGACAGAUCAACAGAAAGCAGCUGUAAAAGCAAAACCUGUGGCUACAACACCCAUCCCUGGCACACCAUGGUGCGUGGUGUGGACGGGCGACGAGCGGGUCUUUUAUUAUAACCCCACCUCACGUCUGUCCAUGUGGGAGCGGCCGGAGGAGCUGGUGGGUCGUGCCGAUGUCGAUAAAGCCAUUCAGGAACCACCACACAAAAGAGGCCUGGAUAACAGCCACAAACUGGUGCUGGCUAAGGAGGAGCCCGAAUCCACUUUAGCUGAAGACAUAAUGGAUGAUGAAGCCAGCAAGAUCAAGAGAAGAAAAAUAGAGGAGAAGGAUGUUGACACAGAGAAGGAGGCGGCGAUGGAGGCAGAGCUAAAGGCAGCACGAGAGAGAGCCGUGGUUCCUCAGGAGGCCCGGAUGAAUCAGUUUAAAGACAUGCUGCUUGAACGAGGGGUAUCGGCGUUCUCUACCUGGGAAAAGGAGCUCCAUAAGAUUGUUUUUGAUCCUCGAUAUCUACUGCUGAAUCCCAAAGAGAGGAAACAGGUGUUUGAUCAGUAUGUGAAGACUCGUGCUGAGGAGGAACGAAAGGAGAAGAAGAAUAAAAUCAUGCAGGUGAAAGACGACUUCAGGAAAAUGAUGGAGGAAGCUAAACUCAGCGCCAGAACAACAUUUAGUGAGUUUGCUUCCAAACACGCAAGGGAUUCACGUUUUAAGGGAGUCGAGAAGAUGAAAGACAGAGAAGCCAUUUUUAUCGAGUUUAUGACGACCCUCAGAAAGAAGGAAAAGGAGAACUCAAAGAACCGGGGAGACAAGGUCAAGCAGGACUUCUAUGAACUUCUGUCAGAUUAUCAUGUGGAUGGUCAGCAGCGCUGGAGCAAAGUAAAGGAAAAGAUGGAAACCGACCCUCGCUAUAAAGCUGUGGAGACUUCAGCAGUCCGAGAGGAGCUCUUCAAGAACUACGUAGAGCGGCUUGCCAAGAACCCAAACUCAGAGACAGAGAAGGAACUGGAGAAGCAGGCCCGGAUCGAGGCCAGCCUGAGGGAGAGAGAGCGGGCGGUGCAGAGGUUUCGCUCAGAACAGACCAAAGAGAUCGAUCGGGAGCGAGAGCAGCACAAGAGAGAGGAGGCCAUCCAGCAUUUUAAAGCACUCUUGUCUGAUAUGGUGAAAUCAUCAGACGCCAACUGGUCGGAGACGCGUCGGAUCCUGAGGAAGGACCAUCGCUGGGAGUCUUCCUCUCUCUUAGAGCGAGAUGAAAAAGAGAGGCUCUUCAAUGAGCACAUCGAGGCUCUCGCCAAAAAGAAAAAGGAGCAUUUUCGCCAACUUUUGGACGAGACAAUAUCGAUCUCCUUAAUGUCGACAUGGAAAGAAGUGAAGAAGCUCAUUAAAGAAGAUCCAAGAUGCAUUAAGUUCUCCGGCAGUGACAGGAAACGCCAGAGAGAGUUUGAUGACUACAUCAAAGACAAGUAUAUCACAGCCAAAGCAGACUUUAGAACACUCCUGAAGGAGACCAGGUUUAUCACCUACAAAUCACGUAAGUUAAUGCAGGAGUCAGAUCAGCACUUGUCGGACAUGGAGAAGAUCCUGCAGAAGGAUAAAAGGUAUCUGAUUCUGGAGUCCGUGCCAGAAGAAAGGCACAAACUUAUGAUGUCAUAUGUGGAAGAGCUGGACCGCCGGGGACCACCUCCCCCUCCCACCGCCUUUGAACCUACCCGACGCUCUACCAAGUGAUAACGCGCACUACUCCCAGAUCAUUUCCUCUUCCCAAAUCCACAAAUCAUAUUAUGGACUCCCAGAAACCGCAGGAUCGAUCGCUACAGUCCAGAAGGACUCUAGAGAAAACAGGGCUGUAUACCUCAGAGCGAUGGUUUGGAUUGGAUAAACGGAUUCUGAAAUCACUACUUAGACUUGUUUCGUUCACCAUUCAUACACUCCUGACACAGAUGACAUCUGUUUCAUUUGUAUCACACCUAACUCAGACAUGUGAAAUAACCAAACACGGUGAACAUAAGAUACCAAGUAAGUAUUUUUUUAAUCAACUCGAAAGGUUUGUGGCCACAGAGUAUUAAGAACACAUUUCAUCCGUCCUGUCUGAAGGGUUGGACAGCAUUAGAUGGUGUGUCAAUGGAAGAGCCUGGUGAUGUCCUGAAAGGUCUGACCUCCCGUUUGUUUUUCCUCCUGUCAGCCUGGUCCUCACCUGAAAGUGUUUUCGUUUACCCAUCGCAAGAUCUAUUUUCUGUUUUUAGAAACUGUGAUUUGUUCAAAUUGGGGGAUCCUCCCGGUUUCUUGAAGAUUUAUUUGGUCACCCACAGGGAUUUUCAAGAAGGAUGAAAGCCUCUCUUUGCAUUUGUUAUUUUAACGGAUUGUUUGGUCAACAUGUACAAUGUUUCUAGAUGCUGAGUAUGUACGGAUGUAUUCAUUAGCUUGUUUACAAUGUGUUAUGACCGCACUGGCAGGGGACCAUGUCACCUGGCCAGACAGUUUAAUUUAACUGUUCAGAUGUUUCUUAAAAAAUCGUGUUUUUUGGACUUGCUUUAUGUACAGCUGAACUUGAAUAAAAGCAACCCAUUUUUUACA